AUGAAAGGAAUAGGUGGUGCAACAAGAUCUCGUAAUGUUCGUCGGAAAAACUUGAGUGGCAUAAAUAUUCCUGAUGAUCUCACUUAUGAGACAGCAUUCAAGCUUUACCAGCUGGAUAAGACGGAGUGCACUCUACAUUCAGUACCGAACCCCAAAACGCAAAAUUGUCGGGACAACCCUUACUGUUUGGGAAGGCUUGGGCAACAACGCUGGGAUAAAGAAAAGCAGCAAAUUGAUAAGGAGGGCAAAGCAACCGCAAAAUGUUUUUCGCGUCGUGAUGUUACUAAAGUGCCUUGCGGUUUAGUUAAUCUUGGAAACUCUUGUUAUUUAAAUAGCUUUAUACAGAUAUACUUCAGCGAUCCAUUCUUUCGCCGUUUGAUAUAUUCAUGGCAUCCCGUAGAUAAUUUUGUUGUUCCCAUUGGUGAGAAGGUCAACAUUGAAGAAUUAAUGUUGUGUUUACAGCGCUUGUUUGUGACACUUCAAGUCACACCUUAUGAAGAUGCCAACGCUGAGCAUUUGGCGAAGCUACUCCAACUAGAUAGCGAACAGCACGAUGCUUUAGAAUUCCAGAUUUUACUGUUUAAUAAAAUUGAGAAGUUGCUAAGUUCUCGCGAAGAAUGGCGGGAUGUUAAGGAUGCUAUUGUUAACCGAUCAAAAGGUAUUAUAACUCAGCGAAUCUCUUGCUCGUGCGGUCGCGAAAGUGUGUGUGAUGUACCUUUCCAUCCUUUUAUUUUGGGGAUCGAGAAAGUAAACUCACUGUCUAAAGCUUUAGAAGCUUAUUUUUCUCCCGAACACUUACCCGACUACGUUUGUCCCACCUGCCAUACUCCUGAUUUGACUGUUCGCAAAUUCACUAUCAAACAACCGCCUCCUGUUGUUACAAUCCAAGUCAAUCGUUUCACGUUAGAUGCUGCUGGACGUAAAAAAAAAGUUCGUUCUGCACUUCAGUAUUUGCGUGAAGUAGAAAUUGGUGGAGUUUUAUAUGAGAACUGUGCUGUCAUGGUUCAUGAAGGUCCAAAUGCCGACUGCGGCCAUUAUUAUGACAUUAUUAAGCAUCCUGAUACGGGAAAGUGGUUCACAUACAAUGACGAGGUAGUGAAACCGACGACGGCUCCUGGUGUAGCUGUUGAGAAGGAUCGCAUAUCCAAAACAACUCCCGACAUGAAAGGAUGUUAUGCAUUAAUAUACAGGAGGAAGAACGAUACUGACAAUGACGUACCAGAGCCUCCGCAGCACUUGAAAGAUGAGAUCACCGCUAUGGCAAGUCUCGAUGCAGAGUUUUUGGCUGACAAGAUUGAGGCAAAUGGAACUUCGAAAAAAAGCCAUGACUUGAUGGAAGGGCGCAAAAAUUUUUUGUCGAGUUUAUUUGAAAAGUUACAAGUCAAAACGUGGAAACAGGUGAAAGAACACCCCGAAAGUGUGGUAUUUUUGCCUACUCAGCUUUUGAGUAACAUACAAGCGAAGGAAUUUGAGGCUUUUAUCAAAGUUAAAGAAGAGUACAACAAUAAGGGGAAAAGGUUCCAAACGACUUGUGAUGAUGCGGACGUUCCUUCAACUUCUGAGCAGUUGAUUCUGUCCCCGUGCUAUUUUGAAUUGUGUGAACAUGGUCGAGUGUCCUUAGAGAACAUUUUACGAGGUGAACUGAAGGCAGUUUUGAAAGUGGGAGCGCAAGUUCUGUUGGAACAUUAUCAGAUGAAAGUGUCUUCUUCAAACGAUUGUUUGGCAUCGUUGAAAACGGGGAAAGAUAUUUGCUUGGAGUGUGUGGGUAAAAAGAAAGCUGAACUUGAGUUUAUGGCUUUAGUUGAUGCAAAGACUAAAACUGCGAGGCUUCUUUUGAGAGAAAAGACGCAGAGGUUUUACCAUGCCGACAACUGUCUUUGGAUUUCGACACGUUCUCUCAUGCAAUAUCGAAAACUUGCAAUUCGAGCUUAUAAGCAACGGUGCAAAUGUGUAACUGAAAGAAAGCAAAUUUUCUUCUCCUCGCUCAUCGAAGAAACUGUUGAAAAGAUUGCUGAGGCUCGUGCAGAGAGCACAAAUUCUUCUUCGGAAAGUAAAGCAGAGAGCGGUACUUGUGGAACUGACCCAUCUACCAGUGGUAUGAGCUGGGAUGACAUAAAAAGUGACAGUGAUAUGAGGAUAGAUGUAAAUGAACUUCGUGACUUUUCUAAUAGUGACGUGGUAGAAAAAGCCGAAGUGAAUGGUGAAGUCGGCGACGACGAACCUUACACAGAUCGUGCAGUGAAUCAAGAAAGUGGGUACGCUACUAAACGACGAAAGCUUGCGGAGGAUAACUCAGCAGCUGAAGAAAAAACGAAUGAUUUAGACAAGCCAUCGACUCCAUCUUCAACUGGGAAAUUGUCAUCCGAAGAUGGCAGUGACUUGAACGUCGGAGAAAUGCAAAUUGAUGGAAAUGUUUUGAGUACCAGGAUUUCAAAAAAGUCUUCAUGUGAAGUCGUUGCUGAUGAAAAUGAAACGAAUGUCAAUUUCAAUAGGCCUGCGAAUUUAAGCAGUAAGAUAAAGGAUGAAGAAGAUGAUAUGAGCGACUUGGACGAUAAUGUUAUUUUUAACGGCGAUUUACAGUGCACUCAUGGUAACUUUGACUUUAAGUGCUAUGAGACAAAAGAACGGCGCAUUGUUGUGGAAGUGUGGGAGUGGAACAAUUUAGUAGAUGAUGUAUUCACUCCUCAUCAAGCGUAUAAGAACAAACUGAAUAAUAACGAGGACCAACAGCGCCGUCUUCAGGAAAUCCGCGCCUCUGUUGGUGACCUGAUCAGAUCUGUAUCUAGAAGAAAUUCUCAUGAAGUAACGAACAACCAUUAUACGAGAGUAAUUUGUGCCGAUUUUAUUAGGAACAUGAUUUCACGGUUCAAAUCUGGAGCGAGAAAUGUUACGAUUCCAGCGUUAUGUCAGCAGUGUCUACUUUGUCCAGAACAUAAGCUGCCGUAUUUAUUUUUUGAUGUAGAACGCAAAGCCUUACCUCUAACUGUUGAUGAAUGGAGACGAAUUACCUCUGCUAUGCAGAUUAAUACAACUGAAGUCCAAGAAAUUGUAAUACGGAAUGGGCAGUACGAAGUGUUUUGUGAACCCUGUCGUAAAAUCCAGCAAGAGAUUGAAGAUCAUAAACGCUUUGUUUACGAAAAAGGAGCUGACAUUUAUGUGAAACUAAAAAGUGACGAGAAUGAAGAGCCGCGUGGAGAAAAUGGUGUGGUAGCUUUGUCGAUACAAAAUGGUUCUCGCCCACCGCCGGCAACAAGGCGUGCAGCCGCGAAAAACUGCAUGAAGUUCAAG